GUGAGAGAGCAGCCCAAAAGCGUUGAGUCGCCCUGGAUGGGUUCUGGUUUCUCGGGUUGUUCUCCUCCCCAGACGAUAACAUUUCACCUCCAUGUUAUCCUCUCCGAGGAUCAGCGUUCCGAGUGGAUUUUCGGGGAGGAGCCUGUUGAGCAUUGGGAAGUGGAUUACCCGAGCACGCGCACUCUCCAGACGUUGCGCUGGAAACGGGAGGUGAGGCUAUGGUGGAACAAUAUUGGACCGCGAGAUUGGGAUUUUCGCUCAUACGAGAUUGACUUCUAUAAUUAAGAAGAAGCCAUACCUGCGAGGUGAGUAUGCCUGUAGUGAAGGAGCGUCUUUCUGCGCGAGUGCGUGUGUAUUGCGGUUGUAUGUGUGUCUGUUUGUGGGCAGAAACUACAACAUCCCCAUACACGAAGUCUUCACCAAUCUUUGCACCACUCGACUGGCUGGCACACGAAACCGGCCCCUCAAGUUCGAAUGCCGACGUACGCACGCACUUGCGGAAAGAGAGCAUCGACACACUGCCUUGUGUGUGCUGUAGGAGGACGUCGGAUCAUCGAGGCACCAGCCCUAGCCCCACGCGGAGGGCAGGCGGGCCCCGCCCGACAGCCCGAACCCAGAG